CUCUUGGGGUGGGGGUGGGGGUUGGUGAAUCCCCCCUCACACACGCUCACUGCCCUCUGGGUGGGGGAGGGGCAGGUGACUGGCAGCUGGAAUUCCCUCCCCUCAUAACUGCCACUCACUUCCAACCCCGAACUGCCACCGCUCCGGGUGCAGCUGCCAAAUGCUGCCUGCAGCGGAUGGAAGGCCAGGAGACGAGACAGCCUCCGUCGUGGUUGGGCUCUCCGGGCACAUUAGCGCCCCAGCUCCCCCAUUAAGAUGGCUGCCCUGGUGUUCUGCAACGUGUGUUUCCGACAGCCCCGAACGGCCACGCCAAGGUUCAGCCUCACCAAUUGCGGCCAUGUUAUCUGUGAGCCGUGUCUUCAGAAAGGCAAAAAAGAUGAAUGUUUGAUUUGUAGAGCUCCUUGCCGUACAAUAUUUCUUUCUAAAAAGACAAAUCCCGAAAUUCAGUCACUGUUUAUGGGAAUAGAUAUGUUAUGCAAAAAAUAUUCAAGAGAAAUUACACAGAUUUCAGAAUUUCAAGAAAAACACAGAAGACGCUUAUUAGCAUACUACAGAGGAAAGAUUGCAAAAUUAGAAGAAUCUCUUAAGAAGGCAACACAACAGAUACAUCAGAUUCAAUGCAUGAGGCCUCCCCAACAAACUACUCAACCGUCAGUUUCCUCUACAGUUAGAAAUCCCAUUUCCACAAAACAGAAUGGAUAUUCUCCAUACAUACUUCAUCCCCACUGCCCAUCAACCUCAGAAAUGCUAGAAUCCAUGGAGGUUGACCCUGUACCUUCCCCAAUGAGGAAACCUGAGACAGUGACUGGUCCAACAAGACUGUCAUUGAUAAGCCCACCUCGUGAUGGACGUAUGGGUAGUAUUUCUUAUAAAGGUUAUCAAUCAUCAGGACUAACAGCAAGUCAAAAUAGCAUAGCAGGAUCUCUAAGGUCAACACCAGUAAGAAUACCACAUAACGAACAUUCGUUCUCUUCAUCAUCUGGCUCACAAAGUACUAGAAUAGGCUUAUGGGAUACUCCUGCUUUCAGAACUCCUCAGUUGUAUGCAUGUACACCACCUUCCUCACAGGCAUCUGUAACAAGACAUCCAAUCACCAUCUCCAGUCUUCUACAGAGGCAACAUGUAGGAUCUACUAAUCUUGGAGGACGUUCAGUAGAAAGAUAAGCAAAUGUCUGCAAUCUGUAUUGUUCAAUAAGCAUCUGGAGAAACCCUCCACUAGUUUGUGUACAUCGGAGAGUACAUGUAAUAUCUGUAAAAUGUAAUAUUGGAAUAAAACAACAAACAGGUCACCCUGGUGAAAGCACUCUUAAAAUAAUAUUGCUAAUUAACAUCCACAGUUCUUUUAAAUGGAAAUGGAAUAUUUUUUACUGUUCUUAAAAUCUUUGACCAAAAAUUUAUUGCAUAAAUAUUCACGCUUUUGUAACCAGGCAUCAAGACUAACAUGACUACAUAUUCAAUAAGAAUAUCUUUAAAGUACUCUUCUGUUGGUGAGAGCUUAUAAAUUCUCUGAAUCACCAAACUAGCCAUGUAUAUGAGUAGCUGCAAAGUGCAUAUUUGUUUAAAUGUUUGUGCAUGUAUACACUAUUGUGUGCAUGCUCUGUAUUAGAGAUGGGUCUAGAUCAAAACUCCAGAUCCUAACAUCUUAAUCUUUGGUGGUAUUUGAAUCCAGGAUACCAGAUCUUGAUUCCUAUUCAAAAGAACACUGUUGGCUUCCCCUAGAGAAAUGAACAAGUUUUCUGGGAUUUUAAAUUCUGGCAGACACUGCUGUGCCCCUGAGUAUAAUGAAGUAAGAGAUUCAAUACUCCACAAAGUCCACCAUUGGAUUUGGUUGGCACUCUCCACUUGCCAGACAGAGAGUAAAGUGGGGAAAGAGCAGCAGUUACUCUCAUGAAGAGACUGGAGGUCUGUCUGCUACCCUGAUAAAACACAGCAGUAAUGAAUGGGGGUCUGGAGACCAGCAGGGUGCCUGGGUGAUAGAGAUCUUUUGAGAACAGUUUUUGGUCUUGGAAGGACACUGUUCUUAUGAAAUUUCCACCAUUUUAGUUCAGAUGCUGAAUUUGGAUCCAAACUGCUAUCCUGGUUUGAAUAAAAAUCUCAAUUCCAACUUUGACAGCAUCCAAUUUUAAGCACAUCUGGGUCAACACAUUUCAAUUCAAUACACAAUUUUCUAUUGCUCAUAACUGAUACAUUAAAAAAACAUUUUUUCAAACCAAGCAAAGGCUUCAUUGAGGCUUAUGUACAUAGCAAGUUUCAAGCUACACAUUUGAGAAUUUUUUAUUGCAGACAUGUUCAGAAAUGUGUGUUUAAUAUUAUGUUAAUCUAUUUUACAGUAGAAAAUUUUGUCCCCACCCUCCUCUAACUCAAAUAGCAGAAAAGAUUCCCAAAUAAUUCACCUUCAGGCAGGAUUUUUUCCCAAGGUGAAUGAUUUGGAAAGAUAUUAAAACUAAAACUAAUGAUUACAAUGACAAUUAAUGUACAUCCUUCCAAUCUGCUUACAAUACCUCUGAGAGGUGAAGUUAUAAAAAUGUCAUUGCAAGCUUCCAUACUAAAUAGGUUUCAAUGAUUUCCAUAUCGGAUUAGUUCAGAUGACGAGUAAAAUAUAUUUUUCUGAACUGCCAUCUCAUCUCACUGCCAACUCAUCCUGGGAUCUGAAAGUCAAGCAUGUUCUUUCUGGCUUCUGAAAGCCAAAUUCUGCCCUUUGUUAUAACUGUUGAACUUCAUUGCUUUCUGGGGAAUUGUACAGAUGCAACUGAGGGCAGAAUGGAACACAAUGACAUUGCACAGUUGGCUCUUCAAAUGGAACUUACUUGGCAGUUUUGUUGAUGUUGAACACACCUGGAAAGAAUCCAGUUCACUCUUAGAGCUGUUGAUUCUGCAGAGCUGACAGUAAUUAAAAAUAGUAAAAACUUUGUCAUAAAAUAAUCAGCUUGACUUUGAAUACACACAGGGAGCAGAUUGUGUGAGUAGGAAGGUACCGUAGUUACAUAGUCAUUUUUCAUUAUAAAAGUAAACUAACUAAACUGUGCCUCAACCGAGCUUGUCCCCCUGUACCUUUUGAAUGGUAGCACUAGAGCCCUACUGGUUUCCUUGAGUGAAUCUUCUUACCCUUCAGAGUUCUUUGGCCCCCACUUGUUAAAAGGCAGCAUGUAGCGAGGAAGGCCUGUGAGCCUUCUCUUCCCCUCAGGCAGCAGCAAAACUUUUGGUGCACAACAUGAAGUUCCCCUUCCCAACACACACACAACCUGCAGGAGGCAGCCUGAGGUCCUCUCUUUCCUCACUCCUUUUCCCAGGCAGCAGCAUAACUUCUAUAGGAAUGCUCACCCACACAGUUUGAAUUUAUCUCUUGAGCUUACUAAUACUUCUGAAAAGUGGCAAGCAUAGGAUAUUUUCAAAAGACUUUAACAGUCUGGGGUCCCUUACUAAGGUAGUAUCUAUCUUAGGGUUUUAUACUGCUGCUCGUCCUGAAGUAUCUGGGUGCCUUCCACAUAAAAUCAAUAGCAAUAGCUAAGUUCCUAUUGGACUUCAUGGAGUCCCUGGAACAUCUCUCUUUUCAAAAUCAAAACACUGUUUGGGGUAAGGUUUUAGGAAUUAUUUUUUUUUACAUUGACAUUGAUAGGGAUUUGGGAAUAGAAUGGGGUGCUAAUAUUAUGUAUG